UAUCUCUCAAUCUCUCUCCAUAAAUCUUAGUUUUUUUCUCUCUAAUUUACAGAGCUCAUCCACUUCGAUUCUUCCACCUUUUCAAAAAGUUUAUGCCUUUUUGAGGUAUUUUCCUCUAUAUCUCGUGAAAGCUCACGCCUUUCUGAUCUGUUACGUCUAUAUAUAUAUACACACCCCCACGAAACAAACUCUCUAACCACGACAAAGAUCGUUUCACUUGGUUUAACAUUUCAUUUACUUGCUGAGAAAUCCAAGUUAAUAUGGAUUCUACUAUGGAGAAUUGCAACGGUGGCAUCUCAAACGGUGACGUUUCGUGUCUCUCUUCUAACCGUGAGAAGCUAAUUAUUGAUACAGACCCAGGCAUCGAUGAUAGCAUGGCGAUAAUGAUGGCGUUUCAGACACCUGAGCUGGAGAUAUUAGGACUCACUACUGUCUUUGGUAAUGUUCAGACAGAAGAUGCUACACGCAACGCCUUACUCUUGUGUGAGAUUGCUGGCUUCCCUGAUGUUCCUGUCGCUGAAGGAAGUUUAGAACCUUUAAAGGGUGGGAUUCCACGUGUUGCUGAUUUCGUGCACGGUAAAAACGGGCUUGGAGACGUCUCUGUUCCUUCUCCUUGUAAGAAGAAAUGUGAGAAGAGUGCAGCUGAGUUUCUUGUUGAGAAAGUCUCUCAAUAUCCUGGUGAAGUCACCGUUCUUGCUCUUGGACCUCUAACCAACUUAGCAAUAGCCAUUAAACGUGAUAGUUCAUUUGCGAGUAAGGUGAAGAAGAUUGUUAUACUUGGUGGAGCCUUCUUUUCUUUAGGGAAUGUUAAUCCUGCAGCUGAGGCUAAUAUAUAUAAUGACCCGGAAGCAGCUGAUGUGGUGUUCACGUGUGGAGCUGAUAUCACUGUAGUUGGGAUAAACAUCACAACCCAACUUAAACUCUCAGAUGAUGACCUCUUAGCGCUGCGUGAGUCCAAGGGGAAACACGCUAAACUGUUAAGCGACAUGUGCAAGUUCUACAGAGACUGGCACGUCAAAUCUGAUGGUGUCUACGGAGUGUACCUCCAUGACCCGGUGAGCUUUGUGGCUGUAGUUCGGCCUGAUCUAUUCACAUACAAGAAAGGCGUUGUUCGGGUGGAGACACAAGGAAUAUGCGUUGGCCAUACACUCAUGGAUCAAGGCCUCAAGAGAUGGAAUGGGAGCAAUCCAUGGGUGGGAUAUUCACCAGUAUCAGUGGCGUGGACGGUAGAUGUAGAUGGAGUUUUGGAAUACAUCAAAGCCAUGCUGAUGAAACCAUAAAAGCUUGUGAAUAUUUAAUUUGAAAAUGUCAUCAUCACGUUCUGGUUCUAACCUGAAUCUCAAUUCAAACAUCUGUAUUUGAACUGUAUAAUUGCUAAAAUUUGGUACAAAUAAUAAAAGAUCAUGAAUGAAAACUAUCUAUCUUAUUUUCAAUUUGAGCUCUGUUCUUGUAAAAUCACAGCAAGACAACAUACAUUUAUGAAUUUC